AUGCUUUUCUUCACCCAGUGCUUUGGGGCUGUCUUAGAUCUCAUCCACCUGCGGUUUCAGCACUACAAGGCGAAGAGGGUUUUCUCGGCCGCCGGGCAACUUGUCUGCGUCGUCAACCCAACGCACAGCCUGAAGUAUGCACCGACCCGCUGCGCAGCCGCGCAGACGUCCACGGAGCAAGGCGGCCUUCCUCCCUGCCAUCACCAUGAGGCCGUGCACGACCCCCAGCUGGUUCCCUGUACGUGCCCGCUGUUCUCCUGCCCGUGGGAAGGCCACCUGGAGGUGGUGGUGUCCCACCUGAGGCAGACCCACCGCAUCAACAUCCUUCAGGGGGCAGAGAUUGUCUUCCUGGCCACGGACAUGCACCUGCCCGCACCCACAGACUGGAUCAUCAUGCACUCUUGCCUUGGCCACCAGUUUUUGCUGGUCCUCAGGAAGCAGGAGAAGUACGAAGGCCACCCGCAGUUCUUCGCCACGAUGAUGCUGAUCGGCACGCCGACCCAAGCUGACAACUUCACCUACCGGCUCGAGCUCAACAGGAACCAGAGGCGCCUCAAGUGGGAGGCGACCCCCAGGUCGGUGCUGGAGUGCGUGGACUCCGUCAUUUCGGAUGGGGAUUGCCUCGUGCUGAACACUUCUCUGGCUCAGCUCUUUUCUGAUAAUGGGAGCCUAGCGAUAGGAAUUGCAAUAAGCACCAGCAAAGUUCACAACGGCGAGGCUGAAAUGUGA